UAUACCUAUCCAAUUUUUUUUUAAAUGACAAAAUCGAACCUCGAGACAUGUGAAUUCAAGUUAAAAGUGAAUUUUGUUUUAACGUGUGUUUGCAUAUAUCCAAAAUCACAGAAUACUUCUAUUUAAGUACGACUGGAUUUGCUUUAUAUCCUAUAAUAGAGUUAAAACACUGAAUUUUUCCUUUGCUCUAUUAAAACAUCAAGGUCUGUGAUCUGGAGAGCAGCAUUUAAUGAUUUUCAACCAUGUAAUUUUCUUCACGUAUCAUCAAAUUUUUCCAUUUGUUGACACUUAAAGCAGAAAAUAAUGAAUAAAUGAGAAAUGUAGAGAAAAAAACUGAAUGAGUUGGUAUUUAAUGAUUUUAGUUCUAUUAUUGGAUCAGACAUGUUGAAUUGAGUGUAAAGACAUCAUAAAUUUGCAGCACUCUGGAAUUAAUGAGUUUCAACAUUUCUAAAUGAAGCUGGAAAUACAAUAGAAAUUCCUUUUCCACUGAACUACAAUGGUGGUCAUAAACCAGCUGGUGACUACCAUGACUUGGUAUGCACUCAAUUUGUUAUCAAGCUCCAAAUGAAACUGGUGAGUGCUAUGUAGGCUGCUUGGAGAUAGCAAUUGGACAGCAUUGACUUGGCUAAUUAGUUAAGGAGAAACUUUGAAAUUGACUAAUGCCGAUUAAAAGGGAAAAUGUUUAACGAAAGUAGUAUUUGUCUACCAAGAGAAAAUGAAUCAAACUGCUUAUUUUCUUUCUGCCUCACAUGUCAUUGUCAACUCUGAGAGUUCCUGUUAGUCACCUUAUGCAUAUCUAUAUGUAGCAUCACCUUGUGGACAUACAAUCAAUGUAUAUAAGCUAUGUUAUGUAUUUGUUAUUAUUGUGUUCUCUAUCUUAUUGUGUUUUUUACCUGCUGCAUUGGAUUCAGAAUAACAAUUAUUUUGUUCUCCUUUACACUCGCAUAGUUACAAAGAAAGAUUGUGCAAUUACGAAGAAAGCACGACAGUGCCUCUACUUCCUUAGGAGUUUGCAAAGAUUUGGCAUGGCAUCUAAAAUUUUGACUAACUUUUAUGCAUAGUGGAGAGUAUAUUGACUAGUUGUAACAGACCCUGAUAUGAAAACACCAAUGCCCUUGAACAGAGAAUCCUAUAAAAUGUAGUGGAUAUGACCCAGUACAUGACAGUUAAAGCCCUCCCAAUCAUUGAGCACAUCUACAUAAAAUGCUGCCACAGGAAAGUAGCAUCCAUCAUCAGGGGCCCCCACCACCCAUGUUCUCUUUUUGCUGCUGCCACAAGGAAGGUGCUACAGGAGCCUUAGGAUCAACACCACCAGGUUCAGGCAGUUACUACCCCUUAACUAUCUGGCUUUUGAACCAAAGGGGAUAACUUCUCUCAACUUCAUUGCCUAUCAUUGAAAUGUCCCCACAACCAGUGGACUCACUUUCAAGGGUCCUGAUGAAGGGUCUCGGCCCGAAAUGUCGACUAUACUCUUUUCCAUAGAUGCUGCCUGGCCUGCUGAGUUCCUCCAGCAUUUUGUGUGUGACUGGCUUUCAAGGACUCUUCAUCUCAUGCUCUCUAAAUUGAUCGCUUAUUUAUAUCAUUAUUUCUUUUUGCAUUUGUAGUUUGUUGCCUCCUGCACUCUGGCUGAACAUCCCAUUGAUAGUGAUAGUUAUUAUUCUAUGGAUUUGUUGAGUAUGCCCACAAGAAAAUGAAAACGGUGACAUGUAUGUACUUUGAUAAUAAAAAUUACUCUGAACUUUGUCCACUAGAGAUGACAUGAAACAACAUUGGAUGGCGAAAGAGCGCGCCUUCGCUCGUGCAGUGGCAGUUGCGACCGAUUGUCGGUGUGACGGAAGUGACGCGAGGUCUCCAUCAAACUGGGUUCUUGCGGCGAGUUGGAGGUUCCUGAAAAUGGCGGCGGCGGCCGAGAGUGGUGGGCGAUCGGGGGACCCGUCACCUGCAGCACCACCGCGUCCUGUGGUCGCGGCGAAAGCCGAGCAAGACAAAGACAAGAAUAGAACAAUCUUCAUCUUCGAUCGUCGCCUAGGAGACUCUUCGGAGAAAUCCUUGGAGCUGAGCAGCAGCAGCACGUACACCGAGUUCAGGAGCGCCGUGUGUCGGGCUUUUGAAAUUGCUGAAGAAAAUAAAUUUGUAAUUACAACAACAAAUAGAAAAGAAGUCAAAAGUCAAAACUUUGAUAAAUAUAUCAAAGAUGGAACCACCUUGUAUAUACUUUAUUCAGCAGACCAAACACUGCCCUCAGCAACAAGGGAAAGAAUUGAUUUUCUUCCUCACUAUGAUACAUUGGUUAAAAGUGGCAUGUAUGAAUAUUAUGCCAGUGAAGGACAGACUCCUUUGCCUUUUGCCUUUGCUGAAUUAAUAGACAAUUCAUUAUCAGCAACAGCAAACAACAAAGGUAUUCGCACCAUACAAGUACGACUGUUGUUUGAUGAAUCUCAAGGUAAGCCAGCUGUGGCUGUAAUUGACAACGGGAGGGGAAUGACAUCAAAACAACUUAACAACUGGGCUGUAUAUCGGCUUUCCAAGUUCACCAGAACUGAGGACGAUGUUGAAAGUGACCACUCAGGAUAUGUUCGUCCAUCUGUGGUGCCACGCAGCCUGAACAGUGACAUUUCAUAUUUCGGUGUUGGUGGGAAACAAGCAGUUUUCUUCAUUGGCCAGUCAACCAGAAUGAUAACCAAACCAACAGAUUCACAAGAUGUGCAUGAGCUGAUACUUUCAAAAGAUGACUUUGAGAAGAAAGAAAAAAAUAAGGAGGCAAUAUACAGCGGGUUCAUCAGGAACAGAAAGCCAACUGAUUCAAUGCAUGUCACUAGUGAAGAGGAACGAUUCCUUCAUAGUCUCAUAAUGGAAGAAAAAAACAAGGAAAGCUUUACUGCUGUAGUAAUUACAGGAGUUCAGCAAGCCCACAUACAAUACUUGAAGAGCUACUUUCAUCUCUGGACUCGGCAAUUGGCACAUAUUUAUCACUACUAUAUUCAUGGACCCAAAGGAAAUGACAUGGAGGCCAAUAAAGAAGUCGGGUAUUUCAACAAUAUUGACAUCGAGAUCUCAAUGUUCGAGAAGGGAAAAGUCCCUAAGAUUGUAAAUCUAAGGGAAAUAAAAGAUGACAUGCAGACUCUAUUCAUCAACACUGCAGCUGACAGCUUUGAAUUUAAAGCACAUGUAGAAGGUGAAGGGGUUGUAGAAGGAGUAAUACGUUAUCAUCCUUUCCUGUAUGAUAAGGAAACCUACCCUGAAGACACUAGCUGCCCAUUCAAUGCUGCUGAUGAUGAUGAGGAAGACUGCUAUUCUGUUGAUAAAGGGGCCAGAGGAAGAAGACCAAUAUUUGAAUGUUUUUGGAAUGGAAGAUUAAUACCAUACACCACUGUUGAAGAUUUUGAGUUUUGUGCACCCCCCAAGAAAAGAGGACUUGUGGCACUGGAAUGUUUCAACAGGAUCUCUGGUGUGCUUUUCACCAAUGAUAAAUUUCAGGUCAGCACCAACAAGUUGACGUUUAUGGAUUUGGAAUUGAAGUUGAAGGACAAGAACACACUUUUCACACGUGUUGUGAAUGGCCAGGAGCAGAGGAUGAAGAUAGACAGAGAAUUUGCCAUGUGGCUUAAGGAGUGUCAUGAGAAAUAUGACAAACAAAUAAAAUUCAGCUGUUACAAAGGUACAAUCACCAGAGGUGAUUUGCCAUCUAAGCGUAUGCAGAGUCCUUGGGCUGUAUAUGCGGCAAUUGAAUGGGAUGGGAAAAUAUUUAAAGCAGCACAAAUGGUUAAGACAGUUAAAACAGUGCCAAUAAUUUAUGGAAGCAUAGUUCGUUUUCUCCUUUAUGGUGACCAUGAAGGUGAUGUAUUUUCCACUGGAGGUGAAGUCCAAAUAGCUGUGGAACCUCAAGCUUUAUAUGAUGAAGUGAAGACUAUUCCAAUUUCAAAGCUAGACAGAACUGUAGCUACCUCUAUGAUCAAGAAAUACAUAGAAGAUGAAAUGGCAAGGCUUCCUGAUAAAUUGUCUGUUACUUGGCCAGAAGGAGACGAACUUAUUCCUAAUGGAAGCAGACCUGCAGGAAUCCCCAUAGGUGCUUUAAGAAUUGAAAUUCUCAAUAAAAAAGGUGAAACCAUGCAGAAGCUUCCAGGGACAAGUCAUGGUGGAUCAAAGAAGUUAUUGGUGGAGCUGAAAGUUAUUUGGCAGUCUUCUGGAGGUGAUAAAGAAAUAGUUUCUCAUAUCAGUCAACAUGGUGGCAAAUGGCCAUAUUGGUUCAAAAAGAUGGAAAAUAUUAAUAAGCUUGGGAAUUACACCUUAAAACUACAAGUGGUGUUGAAUGAAAGUAAUGCAGAUACGUAUGCAGGAAGGCCCCUUCCAAGCAAAAUCUUCAAAUUUACUGUCACAGAGGGCAAACCUGAUAAAUUUACAGUGGGAAUGCUGGAUCCUCCAUUUCGUAUUGCUGUCCCUUUCAGUAUUCCUCUGGACCUGCAGGAUGAAUUUGGACAUUCAACAAAACCAACCACUGAUAUCAAACCAAUUGUGGAAGCAAGUGGGUUAGAGCUGCGUUAUGAAACAUUUGUGGCCGAUGGAACAAAUUUCAUCAUUGAAGGUAUAAUUGCCAGAGGUCCUGUGAACAGCUGUCAAGGCAAGAACUUUGCACUUAAAGUUAUCUUACCUGGAUUGAAGCAAGAUACAGAAAUAUUAAGAAUCCGGCUGCUGCCUGGUCCACCACAUACCCUGAGGAUAAAGCCCGAAUCUAAUAAAGUAGUUAUUGAAAAUGGAACAGCUUUUCCAUUCCAAGUUGAGGUGUUGGAUGAAGCAGGGAAUAUUACAGCACAACCGAAGUUGAUGGUACAUUGUAAGUUUCUUGGUGCCCCAAAUCUGCCUGUCUACACAGUAGAUUGUAGCAAUACUGGUACUGGAAUCCUAACUGGCCCUGUGAUACAUGUCCAGAACAUCAAAAAAGACCAAACAUUGAAAGCAAAAAUUGAGUUAGUGAGCUACAAAGAUGUUCCUUCAUUGGAGAAAGUGAUCAAACUGCUGCCUAGCACUCAAGUUGCCAAACUACAAAUAUUCAGUAUGGAUGGACAGAAAGCGAUACCUAUUAAACACCAGGAUGAAAUUGAUUGGAUAGCUGGUGACACAAUUCAUAACCUUAUCUUUCGGAUGUAUGAUGAGGGUGAUCGGCAGAUUGUUGUCAAUUCAUCUCUAGCUGAAAAAAUUAAGGUCAACUGGACACCACGUAUAAAUAGAGAACAUUUAAUUCAAGGGUUAUUGCCUGAUGUAAAAGUACCUAGCUCUGUUAAGGAUGUUCGUUACUGUCAGGUAUCAUACCAAGAUGAUCAUGUUUCACUGGAGAGUGCUUUUACAGUAAAACCACAGCCAGAUGAACCCAAGCUUUUGAAAUGUUCUUUGAAAGGAUUAAGCACUGUCCAGAUGGGUGAAGAACUACAAGGAGAAAUAUAUGCAAUGCUUACUGAUCGACAUGGCAAUCAUAUUCAGAAUCUAACAUCCUCUUGUAUAAACUUACUGGGUGUGGCUGCUGACGGACUCGACAAGAAUUCAUUAAAAAUCAUUUGGCAGGAAAAUAACCAGCAUAUGGUUGUUCGGGGAAUAAAGUUUUUACCAGGACGCACUGGCCACAAAGAAAUUUGUUUUGCUUGGCGUGAAUUUGUAGACUAUGUAAGAAUUCAUCUGACUGCAGGACCUCCAACCCAGAUUUCUAACCUUGACCUGGGAAAUACAGAAGAGCCCAUCACAGUGGUAAAUGGUCAAAAACUUAAUAAGCCUUUGAUUGUGCAACUUUGUGAUGCUUGGAAGAAUCCAUCUCCUGAACCAAUGAUUAAAGCUUUCCUGUUAAAGGAUAGUGGAAUAAAGCUGUCACCAGCACCACAACAGCAGAAAACUGAUGAAGGUGGAAAGGCAAACUUUGGCUUAUUUCAAAUUUUUGCAGCAAGGGGAGAGUAUACAUUACAAGUUAAAGCUAUCAUUAAUAAAACUGCAUUGGAAGGGCCAAUAAUCAAAGUGAAUGUAAUCCCAGAUCCCAACAAACCUACCCGCUUGCAUGUGGAAUACGACAAAAGUGCACCUCUUGUUGCUGGUGGAAUUUUUCCAGAUUUUGUGGUUAGUGUCAUUUCUGAAGAUGGUACUACAAUGAGGAAUAUUAAGCCAGGAGAUAUUACAAUGAGAAUCUGGAAAGGAGAGCGACCAACAUCAAAUCCCACCAUUCUAAACUGCAACAAAGCACGGGAGAAUGACAAAGAGGGGUGCUUUUAUUUCAGGGAUAAAGUCCUUCCAGAGCGGACAGGAGUUCAUUCCAUUCAAUUUGCUUAUUCACAGGAUAAAAGUGUGCUCUAUGGUGAGCAGAUUACUUUGAAUGUGACACCUGGUGAACCUGUGAAAUUAAUGCCAGAAGAGCUGCCAGCAACUCCUACUGUCUCAAAUGUCCGUAGUGUCACCCAUCGCACAUUGGUUAAAAACAUGUGCUUGAAGAUCAUGGAUCAAUACAGCAAUGCAGCUGGAGAGGAUAUUUGUGGCAUGUUGGUGGUCACAAUUAGAAGUACAACUGAAGACGAUAAUGAGAUUCCUCAGUUUCAGGGAAAAUUCAACUUUCUAGAGUAUGAACUCAACCAUGGAUCAUCUGUUAUUUCUAAUGUGAUGCUAGCAGAAAAUAGCCCUGGCAGAGAUAGCACUGAGUACUUGCUGGUCUUUGAACUAACCAUUAAAAACACGAAAAUGAAGAAUCCUUUACCUCCUUACAUAUUACCUUUUAUGUUUUACAAUGAUUUUAAGAAACAGCAGCAAAUGACGUCCUUAACCAAGGAGAAGGACCAACUCACCCAAUCCAUUGUUGCAUACCGGAGUUUGUUUGAUACCACAAACCAACUAAUUAGUGAAAUGAAGUGUCAAGCACAAGAAGCUACAGCAAAGGAAUCUCAUUUGAAAAAUGAACUUCGUAAACAGAAGAUCAAUCCUGCAGAAAUCAGUACUCUUCAAGAUAUUGAUGUAGUCAUCAAGCAGAUGAAAAUUGAAAGAGAGAGGAUAAUGAAAUUGCCCAGGAGAACAUGUUCUCUGCCAAAUUAUUCUAGGAACAGCAGUGACAUUUUGGGAAAGAUUGCACACUUGGCAAUGAUAGAGGAUGAUGAGGUAGCCAAGGUCAUCUCAUGGCAUAUGGCUAGUGAUAUGGACUGUGUGGUUACUUUAACCACAGAUGCGGCACGACGUAUCUUUGAUGAAACCCAGGGUCGUCAACAAGUACUUCCACUUGAUUCUAUAUAUAGAAAAAACCUUCCAGAUAGUAAUAGACCAUUACCUCACAUGCGAAAUGGAAAAUGCCAUUUCAAGCCUGAAGGAAACCCAAUAUUUGCACGUGACCUACUAAUUUUCACAGAAAAUGUUGAACAAUGUCGAAUGGUAUUUGGGAUGCUUCUUGGAGAUACAAUUAUCUUGGACAAUUUAAAUGCUGCGAAUCAGUAUCGAAAAGAGGUUGUGAAAAUUAGCCACUGCCCUACGUUGCUGACCAGAGAUGGAGAUAGAAUACGAAGCAAUGGAAAGUUUGGAGGCCUUCAAAACAAGGCACCACAAAUGGAUAAACUGCGAGGAAUGAUAUUUGGAGCUCCUCUACCAAAGGCUUACCAUGUAUUGAAUUCACAGAUUGAUCUUAUCCAGCAAUAUCGCUCAGCUUUGAUCAAGCUUAAUAAUGUCAAUCAGGAAUUGGAUCUACAGCUGAAGUACAUCAAUUCACCAGAAAUGACCCAGAAGCACAAGGAGCUCAGUGACCAAGAGAACCAGCUCAAGCAAAUUGAAAAGCUACUAGGAAUGACUCCAACAAGAGCAAUUUCCUCCAGCAGUCCUAAAAUAAUGGCUUUAGAUUUAUCUGACGGGCAAACUCCAAAUAAAAGAAUAAGAAGAGAGAGUGCAAAGAAAACUUACAGUGCAGAAGAAUGGGUUUCAAUACCUUUGAAGAAGUCACAGCAGCUGCCAUCAGGAUCUGGAUUAGAAACAAACGGAAGUACUUCGUCACGAAAAAGGAAGGCCUAGAGGAAAAUGUAGAUGUUUUGGGGUAUUUUUCCUGAAAGUUCAGCUAUUAAAUUCUUAAGCAAAUAUGUCUUCAAAUUUUCUUAUAUUUCAGAGAAAUAUAUCUCGUUAUGGUGUCGCGAGUCAGAGUUACUGAUAAGGAGAUACGAUGUACAUAGUGUGAAAGAAAAAUUGAACAAUGUAUAAGUGUUCUACAAAGAUUUCUAUCCAACAGUCACAAAUAUAUUAAAAAGCAUGUUGGUAGUUAAUAUGUUCAUUUGUAGUUAUUUAAAUUGAAAAGCUUAAUUUUGUAUAUUCAACUUUGUAUUUUUUAUUUUUUACUUUUUUUCCAAAAGUUUACUGAACUUUGUCAUGGAGCAAGAAAUAAACCCUUUAUAUAAUUUGAUGCUAUUUUUCUUAAAACAGUUUCCAAAGUGAAAUCUUUAACCAUGUGGUACAUAGACUAAUUUCUUGAAUCCUACAUUUGUUACUGAUGACACCAGGCACCUUGAAUGACAAAUUUGAGAGUCAGUGUAACUCUAAAUGUCAUGAAGACAAAAUACGAGGGGUGAUUGAUAAGUUCAUAGCCUAAAGUAGGAGUCAAUUUUAGAAAACCUGGCACAUUUAUUUUUCAACAUAGUCCCCUCCAACAUGUACGCACUUAGUCCAACGGCCGUGGAGCAUACAGAUCCCUUCUUUGUAGAAGUGGUCCACAGCGGCAGUGAUUGAUAAGUUCGUGACCUAAGGUAGAAGGAGAUGAGUUAACUUCAAACAGUCUGCAUUAUCAUU